UAUCAAUAAUCAGCAACUAACGUGGCCUAAAGAAACUGUCACUCUUCUCUUUCUCUAUGUUUCAACUUUCAAUGCACCCACCCCAUACCACCCAUUCCCAUUAGAAAAAGAAAAUCCAAUAAUUAUAAUUAUAAUUAAAAUGCGGUGUUGCAUUUUGAUGUUGUUGGCCGUAACCGCCGUGCUGCUGUCGGUGGUGUGCGGUGGUUUCCUCCCUCUGGAACGGAGCAUUCCUCUCAGCCACCGUGUGGAGGUGGAGGCCCUCAGAGCUCGCGACAGAGCUCGCCACGCUCGAAUCUUGCGCGGCGUGGUUGGCGGCGUCGUCGAUUUCUCAGUCCAAGGCACCUCCGAUCCAUACUCCGUUGGGUACGGGUUGUAUUUCACCAAAGUGAAGAUGGGAUCUCCUCCUAGAGAAUUUAACGUUCAGAUUGAUACGGGGAGUGAUAUUUUGUGGGUUAAUUGCAAUACAUGUAGUAAUUGCCCUCAGUCUAGUGGACUAGGGAUUGAGCUCAAUUUCUUUGACACGGUUGGGUCUUCCACAGCUGUGUUGGUUCCUUGCUCGGACCCAGUAUGCACUUCUGGGGUGCAGGGUGCUGCAGCUGAGUGCUCAUCUCAGGUUAAUCAGUGCAGCUACACGUUUCAGUAUGGAGACGGGAGUGGUACAUCGGGUUAUUAUGUUUCUGAUGCAAUGCAUUUUGACAUGAUCAUGGGACAGUCUCCGCCGGCUAAUUCUUCGGCUACCAUUGUUUUUGGGUGUAGUACCUAUCAGUCGGGCGAUUUGACCAAGACAGAUAAAGCAGUUGAUGGAAUUUUUGGGUUUGGGCCUGGUGCUCUGUCUGUUGUAUCGCAAUUGUCCUCACGAGGAAUUAGACCCAAAGUUUUCUCUCAUUGCUUAAAAGGAGAUGGCAAUGGAGGAGGCAUACUAGUUCUUGGUGAGAUUUUGGAGCCAAGUAUUGUUUAUAGUCCACUAGUCCCAUCACAGCCUCAUUACAACUUGAAUCUUCAGAGUAUUGCUGUCAAUGGGCAACUCCUCCCGAUUAAUCCAGCUGUAUUUGCAACAUCUAACAACCGAGGGACUAUAGUUGACUGUGGUACAACAUUGGCAUAUCUUGUUCAAGAAGCUUAUGAUCCUCUUGUUAACGCAAUAACUACUGCUGUAUCACAAUCUGCUAGGCCCAUUAUUUCCAAAGGAAGCCAGUGUUAUCUGGUUGCAAUCAGUAUAGGUGACAUGUUUCCAUCAGUCAGUUUAAACUUUGCGGGUGGAGCAUCAAUGGUUUUAAAACCAGAGCAGUACCUUAUGCAUUAUGGUUACCUUGAUGGUGCUGCAAUGUGGUGCAUCGGUUUCCAGAAAGUUCAGGAGGGAGUCACAAUUUUAGGAGAUCUUGUCCUAAAAGAUAAGAUAGUUGUGUACGACUUAGCUCAUCAACGAAUUGGAUGGACAAACUAUGAUUGUUCCUUGUCUGUAAACGUUUCUGUGACUACUAGCAAGGAUGAGUACAUCAAUGCAGGACAGCUAAAUGUCAGCAGCUCUGACAUACGCAUUCUUUCUAAGUUUCUGCCUGUUAGCAUUGUGGCGCUCUCUAUGUACAUAAUGUCGGUAUGAAAAAAUUAAAAUAUGCCAAGUGUUGGAAACCAAAGUCAUUGCUAGGGAUAAUGUAAAAUUAAGUUUUCAGCAUUAACCAUGGGAAGAACAAGUGAGAAGACAGAGAUGUCUGAUUCGAGUACCUUUGAGGGAAUGAAGAUUUCGAUAAGAGCUUGAAAAGUGGAGAUUUCGAUAGAAGAUCAAGAAGUGGGAAUUUUGACAGAAGUUCGAUAAGUGAAAAUUUCGAUAGAAGUUCAAAGAAGGCUAGGUUGAGAUAUCAUAUGAUUGUAAGUA